UCCGUCUCUCUUCUCCGUGUCUCGUUCGUCUCGUCAUCUCUCUCUAGUUCGCCCGCCGGAGUUCUUCUCGCCACUGCUGGAUAUUUCAUUCAUUCAGAUUCCUCUCUCCCUCUUUCUCUUUGUUGUUCUUAAUCAGCUAGUUUCUGUAAAAUCUUUCGAUGGCGUCUACGAAGAACUCCGUUGUCCUUGUGGCUUUAUUAAUCGCUUUCGUUUUCGCCGUCAUCUCUCCCUUCGCCUGUGCUCAAUCCUUAGCUCCUGCUCCUUCUCCCACAAGCGACGGAACAUCGAUUGAUCAAGGGAUAGCGUAUUUGCUAAUGGUGCUUGCGCUUCUUCUGACUUAUCUCAUUCAUCCUCUUGAUGCUUCUUCUUCUUCCUCCUUCUUCUGACUGGUCUUCCUCCUUGUGAUCUUCCUCCUCAUUUUCUAAUUUGUAAUGGAGACUGUUUCUGAGCUUCAUCUUUUACUGUGUUUUCAGUAAAUUAGAGAAAUUAGAGAUGUGUCUUUUUUUUUUUUUCUUUUUUUUUUUAGAUUUACCCUUAAAGAUUUUUUUAAUUAAUUUCAUGUUCCUUAUAAAGUUCGUUUAUUGUAGAAGUACCCCUUUUUUUAUUUAUUAUGUUUAUUGUUAAUGCUUCACAUAACGUUCCAAUUACAAAAGUUCUUUUUGUUCUUGUU